ACUUCUUCUUCCUCCCUGCGAGCUCUUUCUUCUUCUGCUACCUCCACUUUCCGAUCACAUCUCCUCCGCUCAUGGAGUCUCGCACACCUCUCCUCCUCCUCCUUCUCCUCAUCAGCCUUCUCUAUCUCUCCCAUGCUCGUAUGUUCUACGUCGGUAACACAGAUGGUUGGGUUUUGAACCCCUCUGAGAGUUACAGUCAAUGGUCUUCUCGAAACAGGUUUCAGGUCAACGACGUUCUCGUGUUUAAGUACCAGAAGGGUUCGGACUCGGUGUUGGAGGUGAACAAGGAGGAUUACGACAAGUGUAAUACUAAGAACCCUAUCAAGAAGUUCGAUGAUGGUAAUUCGCAGUUCACGUUUGAUCGAUCUGGACCUUUCUACUUUAUCAGCGGACAAGAUGGGAAUUGUGAGAAGGGUCAGAAGUUGACGAUUGUUGUCUUGGCUGUCCGGUCAUCAUCACCACCGGGAAAGCCAUCGCCUACUCCUCCGGCAGCUCCUUCUCCUGGUGGAGUCAUCCCUGUACCUCCAGGCUCUCCGGUGACGACGCCUACCGUUCCCUCCCCGUCCGGUAACCCUCCGCCGUUCGCCCCGGGAACUCCGUCGCCCGGAAGUUCUCCCAAAGCUCCAUCCACAUCGCCCUCUCCACCAUCUCCGGCACCGGGAGGCUCUAUUAGAACGCCAUCUCCUGGGAACAGUCCUCCGGUGGGUAAUUCUCCAUCCACGACACCAUCCUCACCACCUAUGGCGCCGGGCAAUGCCCCUGGACAUUCACCUCCAAUGGGUAAUUCCCCAUCCAUGACACCGAACCCACCACCUAUGGCUCCUGGAGGAUCUCCGAAGGGAGCGUCGCCUCCAAUGGGUAAUGCUCCAUCCAUGACACCAAACCCACCAUCUAUGGCUCCGGGAGGAUCUCCGAAGGGAGCGUCGCCUCCAAUGGGUAAUGCUCCAUCCAUGACGCCAAACCCACCAUCUAUGGCUCCGGGAGGAUCUCCGACGGGAGCGUCGCCUCCAAUGGGUAAUGCUCCAUCCAUGACACCAAACCCACCAUCUAUGGCUCCCGGAGGAUCUCCGACAGCAGCGUCUCCAAUGGGCAGUCCUCCGAUGGUUUCACCGGGGAUGUCUCCAUCAGCAUCAUCUCCAGCUACUUCACCAGCAUCAUCGUCACCUAUGGGAUCCCCACCGGGAUCUACAGGAACCACUCCAUCAGGUGCACCGGGGGCGGGCCCAGCAGGAGGUCCUAUGGCACCCGCAGCGUCCAACGAGACGACGCCGGCUCCAUCAUCGGCAUGGGCUGAAAAAGCUCCGAACUUGUCGGGGUAUGCAGUUACUAUUAUGGUCGGUGCUGGGCUCAUUGCCAUUUUUGGUGCUUAGUGGGGAAAAAAAACACUAAAAAACAUUUAAAAUUAUUUAGCGGAGAGUUGUGUGUGGGAAGGAUUUAUUAGGAGUUAAAUUCUUUGACCCUUUAUUAUCAUUGUUACUUACUUGUGUAUUUAAUUUUUCUCGUAUGAUUCUGUGAUUAGUUGCUGUUGUUAUUAUUUGGACAUAAGAGAUCUCAUCUCGUACUUUUAUACAUCCGCAUGUAUGUGUUUCAGUUCAGUAUUUGUGACUUCUUGGAUCCUCUGAUUCU